AUGAUGUGUCUCACCCUGAGUGUCGUCUCCACAUCUAAUUCUCCACUUUUGAUGAAGAUUGCAAGGAAACCAUCGAUUGCUCCAAAGAAGAUCCCAUUGAUCAAGCAUAAGGGAGAACAUAUACAAAAGACCAACAGAGAUAGACAAAUAGAGAGAUCGAAGCAGGUAGCAGAGUUCAACAAGAAACUAGCAGCAGUACCAGAGGACACAUCACAUCAUAUGUUCUUCUCAUUCAAUGAGGCUUUGAUUCCACCAUACUAUGUGAUCAUCGAUACCAACUUUAUCAACUUCUCCAUUUCAAACAAGAUCGAUAUUGUACAGGGUCUGAUGGACUGUCUGUACGCCAAGUGUAUCCCAUGCAUAACAGACUGCUGCUCGGCAGAAAUCGAGCGUCUUGGACCCAAAUACAGAAUUGCACUCAAGAUAUCCAAAGAUCCACGCUUCCAACGUCUAACAUGCAUGCACAAGGGAACAUACGCUGAUGAUUGCAUCAUUAACAGAAUAACAAUGCAUCGUAUGUACAUGGUUGCCACUUGUGAUGCUGAUCUAAGGAGGAGAAUAAGAAAGGUACCAGGUGUACCCAUUAUCUACUUGAAAGGAAAGAAAUACACGAUUGAGAGAAUGCCAGAUGCUCCUGGUGCUCCAAAGUAA